UUACCUGCUGCUAUAGCAGCACCAACACCAGUUUCUUCCCUGGUUCAUUCAUCAACUCUUGUUACUGCGGGAGUAUACUUAUUAAUUCGUUUUAAUAAAUUUAUUUCAAUUGAAUUGAAUUUAAUUUUAUUAAAUUUGAGUUUGUUGACUAUUUUACUUUCUGGCAUGGGGGCAUUAUACGAAAAUGACUUGAAAAAAAUUAUUGCUUUUUCUACUAUAGGUCAACUUAGAUUUAUAAUUUUUUCAAUUUUAAUAGGUUCUCAUUAUUUAAGAUUUUUACAUUUAUUAAUUCAUGCUGUUUUUAAGUCUUUAUUAUUUUUAUGCUCUGGAAUUUUUAUUAGAGGAUUUAUAGGUAUGCAGGAUAUUCGGUAUAUAGGUAAUUUAGGAUUUCAAAGUCCUUUAAUUAGAUCAAGUUUUUUAAUUUCUUUAUUUAGAUUAUGUGGUUUGCCCUUUUAUUCAGGUUUUUUUUCGAGGGAUUUUAUUAUUGAAAUAGUAAUUUUAACUGAAAUUAAUUUAUUUUAUUUUAUUUUAUUUUUUCUAUCAAUUUAUUUAACUUUAAUUUAUUCUUUACGAUUAUUUUUUUAUUUAUAUAUAAAUAGGGUUAAGAUAAAUUUAUUUAAUUUUGAAAAUGAUUUUUAUAUAAGUUCUUCUUGUUUAAUUCUUUUAAUUUUAUCUAUUUUUUUUGGAUCGAGACUUUUUUGGUUAUUAGAUUUAAGUUAUAUUAAUGUUUUUGAUGAAAUUUAUAAAUAUUUAAUUUUAUUUUUUUUUGUUUAUUUUUUUAUUUUAACUGAUAUUUUUUCUUUAUUUAAUAAAAAUGUAUAUAAUUUUUUGGGGUUUUUUAUAGGGCAUAUGUGAUUUUUACCUUUUUUUUCUUCUAAAUUUAUUGUAAGUAAGUUUUUUAAUUUAAGACACUUAAUUUUUUUAAUUACAGAUUUAUGUUGGACAGAGUAUCUGGUUUCUUUAAAUCUAAUUAAUAAAUUACGUUUUGUAAAUAUUUAUUUAAAUAAAUUAUUAUUAAAUUCAUUUAAGGUUUAUUUGGUGUUUUUUAUUUUAAUAUUAUUUUUAAUAAUAAUUAUAUA